AUGGCGCGCACGAAGCAGACGGCGCGUAAGUCGACGGGCGGGAAGGCGCCCCGCAAGCAGCUGGCCACCAAGGCGGCCCGCAAGAGCGCGCCGGCCACGGGCGGCGUGAAGAAGCCGCACCGCUACCGGCCCGGCACGGUGGCGCUGCGCGAGAUCCGGCGCUACCAGAAGUCGACGGAGCUGCUGAUCCGCAAGCUGCCCUUCCAGCGCCUGGUGCGCGAGAUCGCGCAGGACUUCAAGACCGACCUGCGCUUCCAGAGUUCGGCCGUGAUGGCGCUGCAGGAGGCGAGCGAGGCCUACCUGGUGGGGCUCUUCGAGGACACCAACCUCUGCGCCAUCCACGCCAAGCGCGUCACCAUCAUGCCCAAGGACAUCCAGCUGGCCCGACGCAUCCGCGGCGAGCGCGCUUAAGCUUCUAGCAAACGGAUCUUUCAGACUAUCGAAAACCCAAAGGCUCUUUUAAGAGCCACCACACGGCCACUAAAGAGAGCUGUAAACUCUUUAAUUCUGUGUAGGAAGUGAUGUGUUUCCCUGUGUGUACCCCUGUUUUCGGGUACCUUUACAAUGACCAAGAGCCCGUAUCUCAUCAAGCAGUUUUAUGUAAUUUGAGGAGCCUGCUGUUCUACUGAAGUAUUGGAAAUAACGUCUUUUUGGUUUUUCAAUGGUACAAAUGAGUAGUUGUGCCUUUAAGAAGCCGUUGGAUGGAGUUGAAUACAGUCUUCAUUUAAACUCAGAAACAAGGAGCCACGGAGAAUUGCUUAGAGAAAAUAUUUAUUUUGGAAAGCCUAAAACUGCAAGACUCUUGCUUUUCUGUUAACUGCUAACACGCUUCGUCUUAGGAAAUCUUCCUUUCUCUGUGUCAGAAACUUGGACUCUGCAGCAAAAUCUGACCAAUCGAGUGCCUCGACACACCAUUUUCUAUCGCUUGUUUUUCUCACUUUCAGCCAUUUUCUGUUACUUAACGUU